AGUGAAGGAAUGAAACGUUUAUAUAAACUAAGUUGCGUGUUGUUCUGUGGGUAUUGUAGGUAAUAGUUAAGCUCGCAGCACGCCAAACUACUGUACUGUAAAUCUGACUUCUCUAGUUACAGACGCCAGAGCGAAGCUGGGACUGGCGCAGAUUGCUUUAUAUGGGAGUCUUAACUGGUUUUGUCUGUCCGGCGCUGAGCUUGGUCUGGCUCAGGUUGCUCUGUAACUGGUCCGGUCUCUCCUGGGCAGGUGAUGUUAUUCGGACUCCGAGUUCUGGACGGAUUGCAGAGCGGGUCAGCGGUCAGAAACACCUGUGCAGCUGUGCUGCUGAGCCUGUCGAUGCUCGCGCUGCUGAGGCCUCUGGGACUGCGCGCGUUCUCCAUGGCGGCCGAAUCGUACGUCUCGGGCACGCACUCCGCCGCCUUCGUCACCUGCCCCAACGAGCAGGUGGCCAGGGACCUGGCCAGGGGGCUGGUGGAGAAGAAGCUGGCGGCCUGCGUCAACAUCGUGCCCAAGAUCACGUCGGUGUACGAGUGGCAGGGGAAGAUCGAAGAGGACAGCGAGGUCUUGUUGGUCAGUCCACCCCUACGAAGUGGCCGAAGUCAUCAGCCUCCCCAUUGACCAGGGCAACCCCCCCUAUCUGAAGUGGCUGGGAGAGGCUGUACCAGAGUGAGGCCGGCAGCUGCUGCCACCUGCUGGACAGAACGCCGAACUGCAGGAUCCCGCAGCACUUCCGCAGUGCCCGUGCAGCACAUUACACAUGUGACAAACGGAAAAUAAACUGGAGUCAUUUGAUAAGA